CGAAAUGCGUGCUCCGUUCUACUUAGUCUGUGCCACAUUAGUGGUGAGCAUCCAUAGCGAAGACACGACAGGGAAUGCAGGUUAUUUCAAUAGGGAACAAAUCGAACCAAUUAAUAUGGCCGCCGAUCAAGAAACAAUAAGUUAUCUGUUGCCCAAAUUAACAGCAAAAUACCGCCCCAGUAACGAGUGGACGGGUGUGACCGAUCCCAGAUUUUACUUGCUUACUGAAAUGGAAUCCAACGAGCUCGAAAAUCAGAUAACUGACCCUGAAAUAAGGAUGAAACGAGCAGGCGGUCGACUUGGUGAAACUGGCGGUUCUUUAUCAAUCGUUAAUUCCCUCGAUGUAUUGCGCAAUCGAUUAUUACUGGAAAUAGCGCGGAAGAAGGCGAAAGAGGGUGCCACUCGUAACAGACAGAUGCUGAUGAACUUGGGCAAACGAGGAUUUUUCCAAACACGCCAUGGAUUCUUCAACGAUGUGUAAAGAGCUCUAAUUGAAACGAUUUUUGAAAAUGGUGCUUUUUAUCAAUCAGUUCUAAUAUGUUUAUCCAUUUUAUUAAAGGCACUAAAAGGUUUAUUAGAAACAUGUUUUUCUGUCCAAAAAUAAAUUCGAGGAACAAAAGUUUUCAGACAAAAUGUCUGAAUAUAAAUUUCGUUCUAAAUUACUCAACUAUUUAAAGAUACUACGAAAAAAUGUUACGUAAAAUAUUUUGUUAACUUCAUUAGUGUCAACGGGGCACGAAAGUUAUUUCCCAAAGUACAGAUGUUGUGGUACUUGCACUUAUAGAUAUAAUCAAUUGAUAUAACUCGACCUUCCUAACUUGGCACUUGACCUUUUCAAAAAACUGCGUCCAUUGACCCAUCAGUUUCUUAUUGUUGACAUCGUAAAAAUUCAAAAGGCGUACGAAACUUUUUAUUAUUAGUUUUGUAUUGAUUUGAUUUCAAUUCAAAAUGUUGAGAUUGAGCUAACGAGUAAAAAGAUAAAAACGUUUUGAUCGGUACAACUGUCACAAUCGCUUAACAAUAAUCGGGUUAGGACUAAAGGCCGGUACACACUUUUCAUGUAUCCUUCCGAUCAUACAGUCGGACGAAUGACAACUUUCAUGCAUCUGAUUCGUUGGAGGCUGCAGGACGCGUGUCGGUUGGAAUCUGUAAUAAUAUUUCCGAGAUUUUACAGUGUUUUUCCAAUUAAAUUGGCGAUAUUAUCGGGUAUAAAACCGGAAGAGGUAUCCAGUACUGUAUGACAAGACAAACGAGCAAUACCCAAACGCCAACUACAAAGACAUGAUCUAGAAAAAAAGUUGAGAGUGAAUUACAGCAGCAUCAAUCGAAUAACCAACAAAUAACUACAAUAACCUAUCAAUAUCAGCCCAUAUAUCCUCUGUUUUAACACCUGCGCAAGAAGAAAAUCGUAUGCAGAUGUCUUGAGCCUCCACAUUUUCCAAAUCAUGUUGCACCAAUACCAAAUGCGGCGCCAGCCAUCACCUAAGAAGAAGACGUCGACAUUUAGUAUAUUUUCCUUCUACGGAUCUUCUUUUUCCAACAGAAUGUACUCAAAAUCUGCGUUUUCCUCGGUUUUCGGUUGCUAAAAUUUUACGCACAGAACCUUUCAGCGAUUUUAAUUGAAUCGAGACUGGCGAAUGUCUCCAGCUGGAGCUGGAGUUCGGAAAGAACUCGUAUGUGCUCACCUCUUCCGAUCCCGCACCGAUCCGUUCUUUGGAGCAAAAUCGGACCGGAUUGGUGUAUGACAAGUGUGUUCCGACCUUAAACAGUAAAAUAUUGUGUUCAAAGUUAGAAAAAAAGAUUAAACAGAAUGAGUUUAAGUUAAGUAGACGUAAAAGAUCGUUACUUAAAUGCCUUUUGAUUGAGGAGAUGAAAGACGACGAAAUACUUCGUACGUGUGGGUGUGGGAUGACGAGACCCAAAAAAACACCGUCUGUUUGAGCUCAAAAAUGAAGAGGGACUAUAAAAAAUUGAUCAUUAUCCAUCUGCGUGAAGAUAGCAUAAAAUUUUCCCAAUGUUUUCGUCUUUCUGGUGAACAAGUCACACCUCUCAAAAAUAACUUAUCGGUUAGGUUAGGUUAGGUCAAAAUGGGGUCAAAAUGACCCGACGCAUAAAAACAGCUGUUAAUUGCGUUCUUUUUAAUGUAUCGAUUCAAAUCUUGCGGGAAUACAAAGAUUAGGACAUCCUCUUCAUAAUCAAAUUGUUUUUUCAAUUUUUAUUCAAUUACUUAACAUCAAAAAAUUGCAAUAAAAUUUUUUUUCGGAAAUUGUUACUUCCUUUAUCAAAAAAAUUCUUUAAAUUUCAAUUUUAGGGAUAAGUUAAUAAAAUUUGCAACGUGGCUUUCAGAAAGUAUACACUCCACAAAAAUUAUCGCAUCACUCAUUAUUUUUUAAAUAUUUAAAUGCGUUGCCUGUUUUUCGAAUUUUAUUAUUAUUAGGAAUUAAAACACCAAAAGAUAACGCCUUUUGCAAUAUUUAUUUUAUAUCACUUUAAUCUACAGAGGACAAAAAAUUUGAUAGAAAAUAUCCAAAAAAUUGUACAAAACAUCUAUACAAAAAAAAGAACGGUGCUUAAACUAAAACCAGCCAUUUCUAAUAGCUUGUGUUGCCGCCCCUCGCUUCAAUUACAGCUUCAAUUCGUCUUGGAAGGCUUCUAAACCGGUUCUGGACGUACCCUUGCGGCAUGUUUUCCCAGAAGUUAAAAAGAACAUUUUGAAGAUCAUCUAGUGUUCUUAUUGGUGCCGGAUGUUGCUGAAUUUGCCAUCCUAGAUGCUCCCAGACAUGCUCUGUUGGGUUAAGGUCCGGCCUACGUGCAGGCCAAUUCAGGGUGGGUAUCUCGACCUCUUCUAAGUACUGCCUAACCACCCUAGCAGCUUGGGACGAGCAUUAUCGUGCAUUAGCACAGAGUUGUCACCGAUAUGAGGCAUAUAGUGCACUAUAUGGGUUCUAGGAUAUUGGUUAUGUACCUGUCAGCAUUUAGUCUUCCAUCAUUCACUGGUACUAACUUCGUGCGACCCUCGAAAGAAAUUCCUUCUCAAACCAUGAUAGAGCCACCACCAAAGCUUUCAAUUUUCAAAAAAUUAACCUGAUCGUGCCGUUCACCACGUCGCCUAUAUACUGGUACACGCCUAUCUAAUGAAUAUAGACAAAAUCUUGAUUCAUCCGUGAAUAAAAUAUUGGACCAAUCUUGAAUAUUCCAAUUUGCGUGUUCUCGAGCAAAUUCCAAUCUUGCUACUCGAUGUUCUCUGGCAAGACGUGGACCUCUGGCUGGCACUCUGGCUCGUAAACCUGCUUCUCUCAGCCUAUUUCGAACUGUUUAUAGGCUUAUUCGGAUAUUACGAGCAGCCAACAGAUCCGUUUGCAGCCUUCGAGCGGUGGUAUGCCUAAUUUUUAACGCCGUCUUCUGGUUAGCUGUUUCUUGGUAGCGAAUAACAACUCUGGAUAUGGUGCAUUGUUGAACUCCAAUUACCCCGGCGACGUAUCUUUGACAGCGGCCAUCUUGUACUAGAGCGAUGAUUCUAGCGGCUCCUUCAUUCGUCACAUGUCUUGUUAAACGUUGAGACACAUCCAUUAUUAACACAAUAAAUUUAAAUUUUCACUAUACAAUAACACAACUUGCUUAGAAAUGUCUCGAUCUCAAUGCAUUCUCCAAGACAGAAAUGAUUUACUCGAGCAUACUAAUGACGUAAGCUGCCAUUUUGAUCUUACCUUCAGCGGCAAAUUUGAAAAUACGCUUUAAACGUGACUAUUAAAAUAAACAACACUUUAUGAAACAGGGAAAAUAAGUGAACUUGCAUACGAAUGUCUUUCAGGCCAUACAUCAAUAAAACGUCUAUUUCGUAGUAGACGUAGAAAACAAGUGAAUAAAAAUGAAAUAUCGAUGGCUAAUACUUAGCAGUCCCCGUUCUGCAAGACUUGUAUCGAUACCCUUUAGGAGGUGCCUCGAGAGAAUCUGGAGCAAACAUGCUGCAAGGGAGAUGUAAAUAGACAGGUUUUAGUCAAAGAUAUGGAAGGGAGAAUAACUGUCAACAUGCGCGAACGUACUAAUACCGUAAGAUACCAUGAUAAUAGGGAUCUAAAGAUAUAACUAGCAAAAAGACAGUUACAAGCUGCAGAGAAUAUCAAAUACGUAUAGAGGAAAUGACAAUCCCCUACAAUCGUGAGCCAAUUAUAAGUACGUAAAAUAAAAAUACUUCAAAUUAUCACAAAUCUAUUAAUUUAAUGAUUUCAACACUUACUUAAUACAAUUUCCAGUACACAAACACUUUUUUAUACAUAUUUUAAAUGAGAACGUUUUCACUGACCCUCGUAAAGUAUGUUUACGUUUCCCACUCAAGUUUUCAUUCAAGUUCAAAGCACUAUUAGUUUCCUUUAGAUGUCAAUUCGUAUUUUACUGUUUCUUCAAGUUGAUUUUUUUGGGCAGAAAAUUUAUAUAGAUUUAUAUUUUGUAUACAUAAUAUAUUUAUAUUUUGCGAAACAAAAGCUAUUGUUAAAAAAUAUUCUUAAGACGCUACGAGACUUUUCGGAAAAUAGAGCCCGGCUCAGGUAGAUCACCUAUCAGCUGAUUGAUGAUCAUAACCCAGAACAAGAUUUUGAUCACGGUUUUCGAACGUCACGUUUAAUUUUCGGUGGAAAUUUCAAAUUGAUUUACAAGAACUUUUGAUUUUUAUCACUUUUUGUGCGUUAAUUCUUCCCAUGAAAUAUAAUUAGUUGUAUAAUAGAUUCUAGAUGUUUAAUAUAUUGUUAUUAAGCAGUUAUCAAAGAUUUAUACCGUCUCUUGUACUAAAGUUUCAAACUAAUAAGCUAUUUUCAUGCUGAAAUGCCGAAAAUACAAACACUGUAAACCUUAGUCACCUAUCAAUGACGCUCCUUAUGAAAAUUAAUAGUAGACAGCCAUUUAAGGGGAAUAAAUAAUAUUUACAGUAGAAAAGACCAUAGACAAAUAAAACAGUUCUUCAGCUGCAUAACAUAUGAUACGACCCGAUUAAACCGAUCAGUUUCCGGGUUAACCCGAUCAUGUUCUGCAUAUUCGGAAACUAACCCGAAUCACCUGAUCGAUUUUAAUCGGGUCGUAUCAUAAAUUAUGAUUUUUUAUAACCUGGUAGACUGGUCGGUAGAUACGAUCAGCUGAAGGAUUGUUUUAUUUGUCUAUGGUUUUUGUACUUUAAAAGUUAUUUAUUGCGUCAUUGAUAGGUUACUGAGGCUUAUUGAUAUGUUAGCUUAUUAAUUUUAAGCUUUAGUACAAAUCCGCAAGAGGGGGUAAACCUUUAAUAACUGCCGCAAUCAGGUUAUGGUGAUGUAUCUGAACCUGGGUUAUAUUUUCCGAAAAGUCUUUAUACAAGAUAUGUUUAAAGCGCUUUUUUGACGCAGGGUGAAGCAAAAAUAAUUGAAAAACUGCUGGCGGUUUAUAAUUUUGCUAUCCAUUAUUAGCCCUGUUCCAUUUUAUCUAAACUAUGUAAAAAUUAUUGUAGAUUCAUGCUUUUCUUAAUGUAAAAGAAGAUAUUAUAUUUUUGUUUGCUAAUUAAAAUGAUUUGUAAUACAUAAGUAGUACCUCUAAAUAAGCUUUUAAUAAAUGUAAUUUUUAUCUAAAAUUUAUGAAGAAGUACCUUAAAAGAUCCUUUUAUAUAUAAGCAUAUACGUUUCGGUUGAAGUAUGGUAACUAUAAACAGCAAAGUACCAGCAUAUAGAAAAGAAGAAGAUAUUAGUUUAACAUUCAUUAGUCGUGGAAUAAACAAAGUUGUUCUUCAAAAACAAUGGUGAAAGUUCCAACCUGAAAAAUACUUACUUCUAAAAUCACUACUAAUUAUAUUUUUACAAAAUAGUACUUCAAGAUAAGAUUCUAUAUUUUACCUCAAUCCUGGAAGGAUUUUGAAUCAAUUUUCUGUAGAAAUCCAACUUUCUCAAACUCGUGAUUGACUUGGAAGUAAGUUGAGGAGUUCAUUAAUGCUCCGAUCUGUAUAUGCUAAUCUCAAUUAUGCUUUUAGAUAAAAACUCCUUGUAGUAUAGUGUCUGCAUUAUAAUUUCAAUGAGCAGUUAUAAGUUAACAAUUACUGUAUUUUUUGUAAAGAGUAAACAUAAGUUGUACAAAUAAAUGGUUGAAAAAAUAAUAAAGUAAGUCGCAAAG